CUCAGGGACCUGUGAGUCAAGCAGCUCCACAAGUUUCGUUUGCGAGGGAAAGUAACCUUGGGGCGAAUUGACGAAGUUUAUGACCGUGAGUGAACUAUAAAGAGGACAUUGAUCAGGGAGAGAGAGACUCGUGAAUGGAGUUGAACGUUUUCUCUAAACUGUAGGUGUUUUAUCAGUUAAAUCCUUUGAAAGAUGUACGAGCCUCAGUACUGUGAUUCCCCCCCUAUGUACAGCCCGCCUUACAGCACCAACUCCCUGAGCUUCUACCCUCCAAGGAGUGUUCAAUCCCCCCAGAGCCAGUACGUCCCCUACUCGUAUAAUGUGCCUCAAGACUCCUACUAUCACGAGGAGAGGCCUCAACUCUUCUACCGCUGGUUUUCUCCUCCUGGAUUUGUUAAAACCUUUCAGGGAGCUACAGUUCUUAUGUGUUUCCUCAUCUUCGCCUGCGUGGCUUCAACCUUAGUGUGGGACAUGAAUGGUUUCGGGUACGGGGGUUACAGUUCUGGGGGUUCAGUGUAUUCAGAGUAUGGAUAUUAUGGAGGCAGCUAUGGUUAUAGUAGCUCCUACAUGACGCCACAGUCUGCAAAGGCGGCCAUGAUUUCCAUGGCGGCCAUUAACUUCCUGGUUUCUCUGGGGUUCCUGGUGGGGAGUUUCUCUCGGUCACGGAUCAUGAGGGGAUGCAGCUUCUACCUCACUGUGUUCAUCUGUGACAUCAUCUUGGCUGUCUUGCAGGGCAUCAUCGACAUCAUCUUUGUGAUCGGGGUGAACCCGAUGUCUCAGAGCUCUCAGAGUAUGCUCUAUAACCCCAUGCUGAUGAUGUGCCAGAAUAUCCAGGGCAGCCCCAGCCUCAGCGGCAGCGUGGGGGCCGGUUUCCCAGGCGGGUACCCCAUGUACAAUCAAUACCUGCACCACUACUGCUACAUGGACCCAGAGGAGACGGUGGCGUUAGUGUUUGGUCUGAUUGUGGUGUUGGCCCUGGCUCUGUCCGCUUACUAUGCCUACAAGACCCGCAGCAAGAUUUGGAGACACGGCAAAGCUAAUAUCUUAUGGGACGAGCCCCGGGGCAGGUCGUCUGAGGGGCAAGAUGUGCAGGACUGGGUGAACCAUGUUGGAGAUUCACGCAGCACCCAGCAGGCACCAACUGUUGUCGUAUCGGAGAGAGCGACAGCACCUGAGCUGAGGGCAGAGAACAGCGUGGUCUCCUACGGCAACGGGACAGUCAGCAUCCACAGUGAGAGGAAUUGCGAAUGCAACAUUUUCUCUGCAGACAACAGUAAUGGUCGGGCUCCUGAGCCUCUGUACCAGAACAGCAGGGUGACGGUUUGCUCCAGCAACUCCUCAGAGGAGACUGACAGCAUCAGAAAACCUCCUCUUCAUCAUCAUCAUCAUCAUGUGAAGAAGGAACAGAGGGAGGAUUCACAAGCCAGACCUGCGGCCCAGGAGGUGUUGGAGUCCCAGUAUGAGACUGGUUACACCACCGGAGACACUGGGAAUGAGUUGGACCGGGACCAUACUGAUCACCUGUACAGGCUGUAUCCAGUUAUAACUUCAGAUGAGCAGCGCCGGCAGUACAAGAAGGAGUUUGAGUCAGAUCUGAGCUGCUAUAAGAGCCUCUGCGCCCAAAUGGAUGACAUCAGCGACCAGAUGCACAAGCUGAGCCGAGAGCUGGACACAGUGGACGACAGCUCCAUGAAGUACCAGGGUGUGGCAGAUGAGUAUAACCGGCUCAAAGACAUGAAAAGGACGACUGACUAUCAAGCUAAGAAGAAGCAUUGCAAAGAACUUCGCCAAAAACUUUUCCACAUCAAACGUCUGGUCAAAAUCUACGACCAAGGUCUUUGUUAGCGUUAAUAAUCUGUACUAACAGCUGAGGAUGAACACUGACGGAAUGAAGGUGUUACAUAGCUGGAAAAUACAAGACUUUAUCCUCAAUAUUUUCUACAGUUUGACAGCUUCCUGUUUAAACUGUACAAGAGUUCCAACCAUAGACUGUAAAUAAUAAUGGACGAUGCCUGAAUGACGUCACCCAUCUGUUACGGCAGGGGGAUCCGGAGCUCAUCGGCAGCAGCCGACAUCCUGGAAAUCUCAGCCUAACUUUCAGACAACCUAAAGAUAGGCAAAGAUCUGUAGCUGAGGCGAGUUUUAAACAGUCAAUCAUGUCAGCUACGUGUUUUACUAUGAAUAUCAUGUUGUAUCGUUCAUAAAUUCAAAACGAAGCAGUUUAAAAAAAUGAAUCCCUCGUACAGUGUGUGUCCAUGAUGACAAUAACUAAUCAGACCUAUUUUGUUUUUUAUACCAGGCUUUAAACAUGUUAAUGUAUGCUGUAAAAUCUGGCUAAUGUGUGUAUGUGACUUCCGGGGCUCCUGGAGCCAGCCUCAAGUGGACACUCAAUGAACUGCAGGGUUUUGCGCUUCGGUUGUGUCUUCAUUUUUCUAGACCGGAGGUUGCCGCUUGGUUCCAACAUGGCCCUCAACUGGCCUUACAGUGACUGAACCUUCACUUUAUUUGACCCUUAUGUUUACUACUCCUGUGUUAUUUUUUACAGCUGUCAUUACUGCUAGGAUAAUCCGAGUCACUUUCUGCGUGGUUGUAACAUACUCAUUUACAAGAUGACAUGAAUUACAUCUGAAUUUGUAUGCACCUUGUGGUAUAAUUCACCCUCUUUCACGGUGUCAAUUGUAGUUAGAUGUUUUAUUGUUACAGAAUGUGAUAGAAUGGGAACUGAUGAAUGUGACUUUUUGUUCAGAAAUAAUGGGAUGAGUAAAGAGCAUAGACUGUGUAAAUAUAUUAUUUACAGUCUCAGGUAAGGAGCAAUAAAAAAAAAAACCUUUAAAUCUGUCUUAAUUUGAAAUCUGACUUUGCUUCAUUAAUACACUGAAACAUAAAUGG